AUGAGCUGGUUGUAAAAAUUGAAAAAAUAAAUUGGAUCAUAAGCAUACUCAGAAAUAAAGCAACUUAGAUUUAAUAAUUUAUAAUUAAACAAACUACCAGAUGAAUUAGUUUCUGAACUUAAGAAAUGCACGAAUCUUGAGAUCCUUAGUUUAAAUCAAUGUGGAAUUAGAUCUCUUGAAAAUUUAGAGUAAAUGAAUUCAGUCACUCAACUUGAGUAUCUAGACAAUUUUACAACUCAGAAAACUUUACAGUAAAUUGCUAAAGCAUUUCCAAAUCUUGAAGUUUUGAUUGCAGGGGGAAAUUUUUUAAGAGACAUUUCAGAUUUAGAUGGUCUUAAAUCUUUAACAAAACUGGAAGUUCUCAACAUUAUGAAUGGCAUAAAUAAACCAGUAUUCAUUUAUUAAUGAUUUUCAGGAUUCUGAUGUUCGAAAAUAUGCAUUUGAAAUUUUGUAAAAUUUAAAAAUACUAGAUGAAAAAGAUAAAAAUGGGUAAAUUUAUGUUAAACCCAAAUAAGAGAAAAAACAAUUAGAAAUUGAAACUCAAACUAAUAUGGAAUAAGAAGAAGUGAGUUAAGAAGAUGAAGAAUCUGCACUUUGUUCUGAUGACAGUAAUGAAGAAGAAGAAUCAGAUAGUGAAGAUGAUGAGGAUAGUGAUUUAAGCGAUUUUAUAGAAAAAAAAGUAAAAAACGAAUGAAUAUAUGCA